AUGUCAAACUACGUUACGUUGGUGUCGGCCGAUAACCAUAAGUUCAUUAUCUUGAAAGAAGUAGCUCUGAUCUCUUCUAUGUUGAGAAGCACACAGGGCUUCGAAGAAGGCAAGACUGGUAAGAUUAACUUGGAUAUGGAUGGGGAUAUUCUUGAGUGUAUAGUUGACUAUUUAUAUUAUCAUUUUAAGUACAAAGAUGAGGCAGUGACAGGGAACAUACCGGAGUUCAACAUUCCUACACAUUUGGCACUUGAGUUGUUGGUGAAGGCUGACUACUUAGAUAUAUAG